CUCUCUUUAGGAAGCGCCGGCUGCGUGUCCAGUUCGACACUUCUUCACAACCUGCAGCCAUGGCUACCUAUAAGCCCAAGAGCGUGAAGGAUGUGCCGGCUGAGGACUUCAUUGAGGCCUACGCCAAGCACCUGAAGGCAAACGAUAAGAUCCAGCUGCCCAGCUGGGUGGAUGUCGUGAAGACUGGCUCGUUCAAGGAGCUGGCCCCCUACGACCCUGACUGGUACUACGUGCGCGCUGCCUCGGUGGCCCGCAAGCUGUACAUCCGCCAGGGCAUGGGUGUGGGUCUGUUCCGCAUCCAGUACGGCGGCCGCAACAAGCUGCGUGGCUCGCGCCCCGAGCUGCAGGCUAAGGGCUCUGGCGGCCUGGUUCGCCACAUCCUGAAGCAGCUGGAGGAGUGCGGCCUGGUGGAGAAGCUGGAGAAGGGCCGCCGCCUCACCGCCAACGGCCAGCGCGACAUGGACCAGAUUGCGGGCCGCAUCACCGUCAACCUGCAGGCUUUCUUCUAAGAGCGCCUGCCUGCCACCAUGGCGCUUUCUCACCUGCCAUCGCCACCUAGCAGCAGCGCGGUGGACGCGGAGGAGAGAAGGCAGCGGCAGCAGCAUGCAAGGCUGGAGCGCGCUGGCUAGCUGGCUGGCAGCCUGGUUGAGCAUGCGAUGAAGGCGGCGAAGGAGCAGGGCGCGGACCCAUUUUGGGCCUUUUUGUCCCUUGCUGCAGCGGCAGUAGCAGCGGCGGCUUGCAGUGGGAGGAAACAAGAGGGGACCAUGCGUGAAGCGUUGGGCUGUACCUGGAGUGUUGCAUGAGGGGACGUCGGGAGGAAGGUUCUGGUCACGAAUCCUGAAAGAUUUCACGUGCACGUGGCUGGCGGCCGCUACGGCAGCUUGGAGUAAAUGCCGAGAGCAGCACAGCUGUAACUCUUUUGGGUAUCAGCUGUGUCCAUGGCUGCGUUUAUGAUUCGGCGGCUUUCCGUCAGCAUGUUGCGUCUGCAGUCGAAGAGGCAGGGUGUACCUUUGUACCUCUUGGGGUCGUGGCUGGAAGGCAGUAGUCUUCGAAGGCAGCUGGCGGGGUGGGCUACCUGGUUCGCAGGGCCCCGCAGGCUGUAAACUUUCGAACUGCUGUGGUUUGUAAUGUGGAAAACACAA